AAUCAUUUUAGCAUCGACAUUCGCAAGAGGCAUUUGUGUCAGUGUGACAAUCCCGAUGUUGAAAGGUGUGACUCUUCCAAAGAAGUUGCCCUUCUUCAUGGAACGAUCAAACACGCCCAUCCAAUGGAACGAAGAAAUUUUCGCUUGUCCAAAAUCGUGAGAGCACAAACUGCCGACCUUCUUCGUUCUGGAAUUCCCACUGAGGUGGUUCUAGAUAAAUACAUGUGCCCAACCAAUGCGAAUGAAAAAAGCAAGCCGAUGACCCAAGCUGAUGUCCACAACAUACGAAGGUCAUCGAAUAUAGAAGGCUACGAUACUAAAUGCUCGGAGGUCGAGAACUUGACGGCCUUAAUGAUGCAACAAGAUUUCGUCAAUGUCAAUUAGGGAAAUCGCUUCAAUAUGGACAUUAUGCCCCUUGCCGUGCGAAAUAAAACUGUGGAAACAAAAGGGCAAUUCCUGAUUUGUUAUGCGACCGCCGAUAUGAUCAAUAGAUUUCAAGAUUAUCCGACAAUUGUUGCCAUCGACGGAACUCACAAAACCUGUGGUGCAGGCUACCACUUGGUGACGGUUCUUGUUUUUGACGCGCGGGGCGAGGGCACUCCGGUCUUCCAGUGUCUCAUGGAGACCGAGAAUAAGGCCGUUUUCUCUGUCGCCCUGAAAACUCUUCAAUCUGUGGCUCCAAAUGCUUGUACCAACGUGAGGUGCAUUCUAAGCGACACAAGUUGCACAUUUAUCAAUGCCUGGAGGGAAACUAUCAAUUGUAACGUCAUCUGGAGCGUGUGCCAUUGGCACUUGGAAAAAAAUUGGGCGAAACACGUCAAAAAUCCUGAUAUGUACCAGGAUAUAAAGAAUUUGCGGUUCAUCACAUCGGAACAAACAUUUCAUGCUGAAAUGGAGAGAAUUCGAAUCUAGGAAACUCAUGACGAAAGCACGAAAAAGGCAUUUAAUUACUUCAUGGAAAAUUACGGACCAACAGGACGGAAAGCGCCGAUAACAGCCUGGGCCAAAUAUGCUACCCUUGGAGUUCUCUCGCACAACUUACACAUCGAGAGAUACCACCGGACAAUUAAGAUGGUACUCAAACCAAAUCUGAACUUAGUGUCGUUUUGUCUCGGUCUUAAAAAGAUCAACAAAUUCUUUUCGCGGAAAACGAUCCUUACCACUGAGGGGAUUCGAGGCAUCGGCCAAUCAAAGUCUCAGAAAGAUUACCGUGGUUGCCAUCCAAAAAACAUUAAAUGUUAUCGGGUGGAAAAAACCGACGAUGGGUUUUGUGUUACAAAAGUGUUACAUAACAAAGACUCCAUCAAAUAUGAUCUCCUGAAGAACACAUUCACAUGCAACAAGUCUUUAUGCAUGGUUCAUUGUUGUCAGUGUCCAACAAAUUUGAUUUGUGUCCACGAUUACAGCUGUAGCUGUCGACAAUAUGUAUAUGGGAACUUUUGCAAACACUCCCAUGUAUUGGCCUUAAUGAAGACUGCGGAACUUGAAAGCCAGCCAGAUAAAGAUGUUGAAAAUGUUGAAGACCUUGAUUGCAGAUUGGAUUGUACCAGUAAUCCCGAGGACAUCAGUCGGAUUAACUCGAGCAUUGAAAAUGAAAGGGAUAUGUCUAAGGAAUAUGGUUUAUUGCGCCUGAGUCAAAGGUUCCUCACAAUUGACACCCAGCUCAAAGAAAAAAUGGAUGGAAUCAAGCAAGUCAUUUCUUCGGCGGGUGUGGAUCGAGAUUAUCAGAUGGGUUUAAUUGAUUCUCUCGAGUCGCUAAUUGAUAAUAUUCCCACUGUUCGAAACCCUACAAAUUUUCCCCGUAAAAGUCGAAAGCGAACUCAUCCACCUUUGGACAGAUCAUUUUUCCCUUGAAAAGCAGCAAAGGACCCUGCCUAAACAGUACUCUCGUAUGCCUUUUAUUUCGCUUUCGUUAAGAUUUCCCUAUAGUUUUUCACCUUUUCAUUACUUGACAACGUGUUUUCGAAACCAACGUCUUUUGUUAUUUAUUAUGUGGAACAAACAUAUCACUUGUUAGAGUUUCAAUAGAUAUGCAGUUGAUAAAAAA